GUGAGUGUUAGUGGGAGGAGUAACUAAGUUUCACUUCCUCGCUGGCUGCAGGCUCACAGCCACCACAGACUCCUCUCACUGAGGAGUGCGAGGAGCAGCCAGCCCAGCUCACCUCUUCCCACAGCACCUGGCCGGGACUUAGCGGACUGGAGGGCGCGGAUGGGCAGAGCAGAACUUCUAGAAGGGAAGAUGGGCACCCAGGAUCCCUCUGAUCUGUGGAGCAGACCAGACGAAGACGCUGAGCUGCUCCAGGACUUGGGGUGGUACCACGGCAACCUCACACGCCACGCGGCCGAGGCGCUUCUCUUGUCCAAUGGAUGUGACGGGAGCUACCUGCUGAGGGACAGCAAUGAGCAGAGCGGCCUGUACUCGCUCUCUGUGAGAGCCAAAGACUCUGUCAAGCACUUUCACGUUGAGUAUACUGGAUAUUCAUUUAAAUUUGGCUUUAACGAAUACUCAUCUUUGAAGGAUUUUGUCAAGCAUUUUGCAAAUCAGCCUCUGAUUGGUAGCGAGACAGGCAAUCUGAUUGUUCUGAAACAUCCUUAUCCAAGGAAAGUGGAAGAGCCUUCCAUUUACGAAUCCGUCCGGGUUCACACAGCAAUGCAAACAGGAAGAACAGAAAGUGACCUUGUACCUACUGCACCUUCCCUGGGCACCAAAGAAGGCUACCUCACCAAACAGGGCGGCCUGGUGAAGACCUGGAAAACAAGAUGGUUCACUUUACACAGGAAUGAACUGAAGUACUUCAAGGACCAGAUGUCAUCAGACCCAAUUCGGAUCCUAGACCUAAAGGAAUGUUCAGCUGUACAAUUUGAUUAUUCACAGGAAAGGGUAAACUGUUUUUGCCUAGUGUUUCCAUUCAGGACGUUUUAUCUCUGUGCAAAGACGGGGGUGGAAGCGGAUGAAUGGAUCAAGAUAUUACGCUGGAAGCUGUCACAAAUCAGAAAACAGCUCGACCAAAGAGAUGGUACCAUUCGCUCUCGGUCUUUCAUCUUUAAAUAGAGCUUUCUCGCCAAGGACUGCCCGGCCCGGGAGCGCAGGCGAAUGCUCCCUGGUGCUGUGAUCCCUCUGUGGCAGCCUCCCCGCGAGAGCAGACUCAGGAUUCCCUCUUCAAAACAAAUCCGAAGCAGAUUCUGAUCGGGACCCGCAUCCCACGUCGGCUAACUCCCUGCAAACUGCUGCCUUUGCCAGACGCGGCCACCUCCUUACGACUAGUGAGGAAAUCCUUGUGCUGAUAGAAACGGGUUCAACCUCCACUCCCAGGCCUGCCCCCUCUGAGCACAUGCCGCCAUGUAAGAGAAAGCGCUUUUGUGGUCGCCAACUGGUCGGCACCCGUGGCCUGCAGUUCCAGGGUGCCUCAAGGUCAGCGCCCUGGCGCCCAGCUUGUACAGAAUUCCAGGCAGCAGGAUGCAGCCAGCUUCGGCUGCUUCCCUGUGAGUCCCUUGAGAAAGCAAACAUCAAAAGGUUUUCAAGGAGGGGGGUGUGUUUUGCUUUCUUUUUUUCUUUAUACAAACAAAACAAAACAAAAACAAACAAAAAAACAGGUUCCAAAGCUAAAAUAGAAAGUGUUCGCAGGAUUGAUUUUCUCUUUUUACAAGGCUCAGGAAGCUAGUGGGCCAUUCAUUUAGGUUAAAGCUAUGAGAACUAAAUGUCCUAUGGGUGGUUAGUAGGGAUUGACAUCAACAAGGGUACAGUUUGAAAACAUCGUCUUUGAGCAUUUAGGGGAAGCGUUGUUUUUGAAGAGUUCAAAAAAGAAAUUGAGGAAGGGUAAGGAAGCAGCAGAUAGCUUGUAGCUCUUAUUACGGUGGGGCACUGCUGGGGCACUGGUACCUGCCACAUCUCCCAGUGGCCCAGGAGGCAUUUCUCAAGAAAUGCCUUACUAAAGAGCAACUUCUGUUGCCGGUUGAUGGAGUAACACUAAAUUUCCAUAAAAUAUACAAUCAUGUGUUACACAGCCGUUUCAAACUGGAAUCAAAGGAGUGAGACAGGGCGAAUGAAAUACGGCGUCCAGAGGUCAGAAACAGAUGCCAACCCCUUCUACGAUCUUUACUAAUCCUGCUUUUUGUUUGUUGGUUGGUUUUUGCUUUUUGUUUUGUUUUGUUUUUGACAGGCAGAGUUAGACAGUGAGAGAGAGAGAGACAGAGAGAAAGGUCUUCCUUUUCCGUUGGUUCACCCCCAAAAUGGCCACUAUGGCCGGCGCACCGCGCUGAUGCGAAUCCAAGAGCCAGGUGCUUCUCCUGGUCUCCCAUGCGGGUUCAGGGCCCAAGCACUUCGGUCAUCCUCCACUGCACUCCCGGGCCACAGCAGAGAGCUGGACUGGAAGAGGAGCGACCCAGACAGAAUCUGGCGCCCCAACCGGGACUAGAACCCAGGGUGCCGGUACCGCAGGCGGAGGAUUAGCCUAGUGAGCCGUGGUGCCGGCCAUAAUCCUGCUUUUUUAAGAUAGAAGUUUGGAGGGAGACAAAAAUGGGUGAAGAGCCAGAAAAUCAAGACGAGGGAGCCACGCUAUGAUGUAACACUGCUCUCACAGCCCCACAGGGCAGCUUGUUAAAUAAAUUCCUUCUGGUAUUUAAACAUCUAAGAUUCAGAAAUUGCAUUAGGCUUUGUAUAUUUCAACAAGGUUUUUAAUGUACUUUGUUAUGUUUGUAUUGUAUGGGAUAAAGCAAAUGUCCGGUUAAAAUGUAUUGUAUCAAGUUUGCAAAGGAAGAAGUUGCAAAUGAAUCCUUACCAGAUGUACUCAGCCUUUUGUUUUCACAGAAACAAAGUCUAAGUAAUGUUAUUUUUACUUUUUGUAAAACAUGUGUAUUUAUAUUCUUCAGUUGUUUAUGAAAAGGAGCUGUGCAUGUACUAUUUUGCUAUUAAAACAUGUUAAUAUUUGUAAUUUAAAUGAACUGCAGCUGACUUAUAUCACAGAUAGCAAGGGUACUUCAGAUAGACUCUAAGCCAUGAAGCCUUUGAAAUUGAAGAGGUUGUUCUGGGCCUCAAGGAAUUCUUCAUUAAAUAUGGAAAAGACAAUAAACAAAUAUGUGAUGAUGUAAGUAAAUACUGUAAACACACACACACACACAGGUGCAGACAUUUGGCAUGUCAGUUAAGACAUCACUUGGGACACCCUCGUCCUGUAUUGGAGUGAGUGCCGGUGCUCAAGGUCCAGCGCUGCUUCCCAUUCCAGCUUCCUGCUAAUGUGCACCUUGGGAGUCGGCAGGAGAUCGCUCAACUACUUGGAUCCCUCCCACUGUUGUGGGAGACCGAGAUGGAGUCCCUGGAUCCUGGCUUUGGCUGGCCAGAUCCCAGCUGCUGUGGUCAUCUGGGGGAGUGAACUAGCAGAUGCAAGAUCUUUCUCUGACUGUAGGCCUGUCGGUGUCUCUCUACCAUUCAAAUAAAAUGAAAACAAAUAAAUAAAUGUUAAAAAAA